CCUAGGUUAGGAGGCACUUCACAACUGGCGAGGAGCUGUCAGGCUGCGCGUAAAGGAUGGCCGCAUUUGACGAACAUAAUGCGGAGAACAGGGCAGCCCAGAGACAGGAGUCUGAGUGCCCGGUAUGUUACGAAUACUUCUCAGACACGGAGAGGAUCCUGAGCUGCGGACACGUUUUCUGCCACGACUGUCUGGUCAAAACUUUAGUUUGUAUCAACAGGGACGGCAUCGUCAGAGACACCAUCAUCUGCCCCGUCUGCAGACACCUGACUUUCAUUGAAAAACUACAGGAUAUCGUCGUUGUUCCUUUCGCUUCGGGGAAAGACGCAAAAGAAAGAGGAAGGCAGACUUUGAAGAUACCUGUCCCUCCAACAACACCUGUUAACCCAGAGCACAAUGGUACAAGAUUUGCGUCACCGCAUAUUAGUUCACCGUCUGGCUCGAAUGGAUUCUGUCGGAUCAUGGAACGUUUUAGGUGUAUUUCAGAGAGAUGGAGAAGUCGUCGUAAGAUAAUAUCACUAAUCAAUCCCGACCAUUGUAACUCUCAGAUAUUCAUCAUCAGUGCCCAGGGCCGACCCAUGGUUGAUGAUGAUGUGGUUAACGUGGACACUGUGACGGUUACGCCGGAACCCAACCGCAGACGACAUAUCAGAAUUUGCACCACCGGACGUUUCUUGUGCGUUCUGCUUGCGAUAUUCACCUUGAUGGCAUUGGUAGCCGUUACACUUCCAUGGGUUUUAUUAGCAUAGCCCGGAAGCAAAUAGGUGCGUAAUUACGCAUUACUUACUUGAAUGACUGAUUAUUCUUUUAAAAUGUAAUAAUCUCAUUCAACUUUCUCUUCUUUCUUAAAUAUAUUACAUACAAUUCAUAGCACUUAAAAAAAUACCUGAUACAUGCCACUUUUUUCAGUCUGUAAUAAAUCAUAUAUAUUAUUUUACUUUUAUUUCUGUUGCCAUCCAUAUAGCUAUGUUUUGACUGGAAUGGUGACCGCGGAAAUUAUAAAAUAAAGUCAUUGAAUGAUACAGACAUGGCUCCUUCAUUUUGGUGAAUCCAAUUAAUAAAUAAUUGACUUACUUUCAUUUGUAACGAAAUGUAAUUGAAUCUUAGACGAACAGGUUUAAUUACAUGUUAACAGGGCAUAAACACCUUCCCUGAGCAGGCAAGA